UGUCGCUGGCAGCUGCGGGCAGAGCGCGGGCAGGGGCGGCGCGGAGGCACCCCCGGGGCCGGGUUAUGGUGCCGCCGGGCUGACUGCUGGGACGCAGCGAGGUGGCAGCAGGGGGCCGAGCCCGGAGCCAUGGAGGGGCCCGGCCAGGAGGCCUACGAGGAGGGGAUGAGGAGGAGCCUGGACCCUGAGGGCUACGAGGAUCCUGGAAUAAAGAGCUCCCGCCUGUCCCUGGGGGAGAUGAGCAGGGCCAGCGCUGGCACCGCGUCCCCCCUGCAGGCUUGGAGGGCCAGAGCCGAGCAGCUGAAGCCCCUGCGGCAGUAUCUGCCCGGCCGCCGGGGAUGCUAUGACCUGGAUGGGAGGAGGCACGGGGCCGGGGCCCCCCCGGGACAGGCCAGGCAGCCUCCAUCAGUGACCGAUGUGGACCUGGAGGCGUCAGGAAGCAGGAGGCCCGUGUCCCACCAGGACACCCAUGAGGGCUACGUGGAGCUGCAUGAACUGGUCGUGGGUAGCACGAAGGAGCUGUUCUGGAUGGAAGCUGCCCACUGGCUCAAGCUGGAGGAGGACUUCAAGGAAGCCGGGCACUGGAAUCAGCCCCAUCUUUCCUUCUUGACCUACCGCAGCCUCCUGGAGAUCCGCAGGGCUUUGGCCAAAGGCGCAGUGCUCUUCGACGUGGAGGCCACCUCGCUGGCUGCCAUCGCCCACGUCCUCAUCGACCAAAUGAUCUACGAGGGGCAGCUCAAACCCCAGGACCGGGAGGACAUCCUGAGGACGCUGCUGCUGCAGCACAAGCACCCCAGAGAGGGAGAAUCGCUCGGGACACCCGCGCAGCUCCAGCGCUCGGGCACCGGGAGGGCAGAGGCGGAGCAGCCGCUGCUGCGGGAGCAACAACCCCUGGAGCUGCGGAGCCUCGGGGGCACCGAGCAGAGCCUGGGGGGCACCACGAGCCCCCUGCUCCCCCAGAAGGUCCCCGAGGAUGCUGAGGCCACCUUGGUCCUCGUGGGCUGUGCAGCCUUCCUGACCAGCCCCUUGGCCUUCGUGCCGCCUGAGGGCCGCUGCCACCUGGACGGUGUCCUCGAUGUCCCCUUGCCCGUCCGUUUCCUCUGGGUGCUCCUGGGCCCCGACUCCCCCCACCUCAGCUACCACGAGAUCGGCCGCGCCGUUGCCACCAUGAUGGCUGAGAGGAUUUUUCGUCGGGAUGCUUACCUGGCCGAGGGUCGCCAGGACCUUCUGAGGGGGGUGGAGGACUUUUUGGAGGCCAGCAUCGUCGUGCCACCCACCGAGACCCCCAGUGAGCAGCUGCUCCACGCCCUGGUACCCCUGCAGCACCAGCUCCUCCGCCGCCGCUACCAACCCCCCGAGAAGACCUCGGGAGGGGAUUUCUUGAAAGACCUGGGGCUGGAGGAGCCGGGGCAGGAGGAGGAUGACCCCCUGAGGAGGACAGGGAGACCUUUUGGGGGGUUGGUGAGGGACAUCUGCAGGAGGUACCCCAAAUAUCUCAGUGACAUCAAGGAUGCUCUCAGCCCCCAGUGCUUGGCCGCUGUCAUCUUCAUCUACUUCGCGGCGCUGUCACCCGCUGUCACCUUUGGAGGGUUGCUGAGUGAGAAGACCAAGGGUAUGAUGGGGGUGUCGGAGCUGCUCAUCUCUACCUGUGUGCAGUGUGUCCUCUUCAGCCUCCUCAGUGCUCAACCUCUCCUCGUCGUGGGCUUUUCGGGGCCCCUCCUUGUCUUUGAGGAAGCCUUCUACUCGUUCUGCAGUGCCAAUGGCAUGGAGUACAUCGUGGGUCGGGUCUGGGUCGGGUUCUGGAUGAUCCUGCUGGUGCUGGUGGUGGUGGCCUGUGAGGGCAGCUUCCUGGUGCGCUACCUGUCCCGCUACACCCAGGAGAUCUUCUCCUUCCUCAUCUCCCUCAUCUUCAUCUUCGAGACCUUCUCCAAGCUCGUCACGAUAUUCAGCCAGCACCCUCUGCAGCGACACUACAACGUGCAGCCCACUGCCAGCCCCAGGGUGCCAGAACCCAACACAGCUCUGCUGUCCCUUGUCCUCAUGGCUGGCACCUUCUUCUUGGCCUUUUUCCUCCGCAAGUUCAAGAACAGCGCGUUCCUGCCCGGCAAGGCCCGGCGUUUGAUCGGAGACUUCGGUGUCCCCAUCUCCAUCUUCAUCAUGGCCCUGGUGGACUUCUUCAUCAAGGACACCUACACCCAGAAACUCAACGUCCCCAAAGGGCUGGAGGUCACCAACUCGAGCGCCCGGGGUUGGUUCAUCAACCCCAUGGGGGAGAGAAUCCCCUUCCCCAUCUGGAUGAUGUUUGCCUCCGUGGUGCCUGCACUCCUGGUCUUCAUCCUCAUCUUCCUCGAGACACAGAUCACCACGCUCAUCGUCAGCAAGCCCGAGAGGAAGCUGGUGAAGGGCACGGGUUUCCACCUGGAUCUGCUGCUGAUCGUGGCCAUGGGGGGGUUGGCAGCACUUUUUGGCAUGCCCUGGCUCAGUGCCACCACCGUCCGCACCAUCACCCACGCCAACGCCCUGACGGUCAUGAGCAAAACCUCAGCUCCUGGGGACAAGGCUCAGAUCCUGGAGGUCAAGGAGCAGAGGAUCAGUGGCUUGUUGGUGGCCGUGCUCAUCGGUGUCUCCAUCCUCAUGGAGCCCAUCCUGAAGUUCAUCCCCCUGGCUGUGCUCUUUGGCAUCUUCCUCUACAUGGGUGUCACCUCCCUCUUUGGCAUUCAGCUCUUUGACCGCAUCCUGCUCCUCCUGAUGCCACCCAAGUACCACCCCAGCGAGCCCUAUGUCACCCGGGUGAAGACGUGGCGGAUGCAUCUCUUCACCUUCACCCAGAUCGUGGUCCUGGUGCUGCUCUGGGUGGUGAAAUCCACCCCGGCCUCCCUGGCUCUGCCCUUCGUCCUCAUCCUCACCGUGCCCCUGCGGCGUUUCCUCCUGCCCCGGAUCUUCAGGGACAUCGAGCUCAAAUGUUUGGACGCAGACGACGCAGUGGUGACAUUUGAGGAGGUGGAGGGGACAGAUGUGUACAACGAGGUGCAGAUGCCCAGCUAAGGGGUGACCCCCCCCCCCCGACAGCCCCCACCUCCCCCUCCCCAACCCCCCAGGAAUGGAGCUUUUUUUAAUUAUUAUUAUUAUUAUUAUUUAGUAUUUUUCUUUUUUUUUUCCCCUUCUAAAAAAUAUUUGGGAUGUUCUGAUCUCACCCAACACUUUGCUGGUGAAGACACCGGGGGGGUUUUGGGGGGGGGGGGGGGUGUCCCACAAACUGUCACCAUGCUGUCCCCAAAGCCACCCUGGGGCUCUGACUGGGCUCAAGGAGCUGGAGGAAGAGGAGGGAGGAGGAAGGCAGGGAUGGGAGAAGACAGUGAGGAUGGGGACAGAGGAUGUGUGUGUGUGUUCCCCCCCCCCUUUAGGGGCCCCCCCAAACAAAUUUUGGGGUGUACAUAGUCCAGUGAGAGGGUUUAGGUAUGGAGAGAAGAGAAAUCAUGCUUUAAAACAAAAAAAAACACAAAAAAAAAGAAAAUUACAGCCAUGCUUCUGUAGGUAGAGAUUGCUGGGAACCAAAUCCCCCAAAAGCACCUUAAAAAGGACCAAAAAAAAGGAAAAAAGAAAAAAAAA